CUGCUGGCGCUGCGCGAGCCCUACUGUCCCGCGCGGACACGGCGCUGCCCUACGCCGCUCUCCGGGCCCGCCAGGGAGAGGCUGGGGGCGGGGGCCGGGGGCGCUGGGGCAGCGCGCGGUGACCGGUCCGGGGGGGAGGCCGCUGGCCGCUCCCUUGGGGGGAAAGGCCUCGGGACAGCGGCGGGCCCGUGGGCGCGCUGGGUUUGCGCGGAUCCCCCGGCGGUGGCGGGUUCCCCAGCCGAGGGGCCCCGCCCAAGCGUGUCCUGCCCCGAUACCCCGCGCCUGCCGCGGGGACGUUUUUCCUGCUUGUGUGAGACGUGACCCGAGGUGAAUUGAAGCCGCCACCACCCUCCAGGGGAAGCGCUCGGCGCCCUUUGCUGGCCCGGAGUUCGUGUGUCUGAGCUAAAAACCCGCCCUGGGCUGCGCUAGGGGUAACUCGGGGUUUGACUUAUCCAGAUGCAGCAGGGAAAUCUUAAAAUACAUAUAAUCCUCAUUCUCUCCUCUGGCAAGUCAAACGCUAGAAGAAAAAUCUUUAAGGGACCUCAGAUGGCAGCAGGAGAAAAGAAUCGAUCACCCUAACUGCUUAGCUCAGUAAUGACAUUUUAAGAGGGACACUUGCUACUAGCCACCAUGUUUGUUCUAGUGGAGAUGAUGGAUACGGUACGGAUUCCUCCGUGGCAGUUUGAAAUGAAACUCAAUGACUCCAUUGCCGAAGAGCUAAAUAAGAAGUUAGCUAACAAGGUUGUGUACAAUGUUGGCCUCUGCAUCUGUCUGUAUGACAUCACAAAGCUGGAAGACUCGUACAUAUUUCCUGGGGAUGGUGCAUCGCACACUAAAGUGCAUUUCCGGUAUGUGGUAUUCCAUCCCUUUCUGGAUGAGAUUCUGAUCGGGGAGAUUAAAGGCUGCAGUCAGGAUGGCGUUCAUGUUUCUCUUGGUUUCUUCGAUGACAUUGUCAUCCCUCCAGAGUCCCUCCAGCAGCCAGCUAAAUUCGAUGAAGCGGAGCAGGUCUGGGUGUGGGAAUAUGAGACAGAAGAAGGGGCUCAUGACCUGUACAUGGACACGGGGGAGGAGAUCCGCUUCCGGAUAGUGGAUGAGAACUUUGUUGACACAUCUCCUACAGGUCCAAGCUCCACAGAGGCCUCCACCUCUGGUGCCACAGAGGAGGUACAGAAGAAGGAGGCACCCUACACUCUGGUGGGAUCUAUCAGUGAGCCUGGCCUGGGUCUCCUCUCAUGGUGGACAAACAGUUAGCAGCAGUCAGAACUUGUUCUGCACGGACCCUACAGGAUGGAUGCUUUCAGGGAUUGCAAGAGCCAGCUGGGGCCCUGCUCCCCUCCAGGCAGUGGACAAGAAAGCAGGGCUUCCAUGUUCCUGUCUGCUCCCCACCAAGUCAAGCUGAUAACUGCCAAGAAAUACCUCCCUUAGAACUGUACAAGUAAAACUACAGACGUGGAAGGGCUGCCCUGUUACGUGGGCCCAGCAGCCACAAACCCAUCUGGGACUUUGACAUCCUGGAAAGCAAAUCAAAAUUGGGUUCAAAUGCCAAAGAAAGUCUCUGCUGUCUUGAAAAAGAACAGUCUGAGUUAUAGUGGCAGGACGAGUGGUGCUGUCUGGCCAGAAGAAACUGGUAAUUCCCUACCACACCCAGUCUCCUGGCUUGAGAAAUGUAAUGAGGUGUAAGCAAAGGCCUGUCUCUCCUUUAGUGGAAGUGUUCAUAUCUCCUUGGCACAAAACAAGGAGGUGCUGCUGUCUGAACAUGAGAGAGAGAACCACUAAGUAUGGGAAAGGAAUACAUUGGCUCUUAAGCCAUUGUAAACCCUGGUGAUGAAAGGAUGGGAAUCCAGCCCAUAGAGGAGGAUUCACUUCACUGAACAAGGGAGCUGGAGUUCUGUUACAUGAAUUGCUAUGAAAAUGGAAGGGUGUCAGCUUUCUAAGAAGCAAUUUAGCUUUGGUUUCUAAUCCUUUGCUGUUUUCUGAAAACAACCACCUGCUAUGGUGCUGAAGUGAGAUGCUGUAAUACAGUGCAUGGACUAUAGUCUUAUGCAGAACAAGCUCAAUUCUACUGGUGGCUUGGCUGAAAUGGUCACUUAAUUUUAGGAGAGGCCAUCUUGCUGAGUAAAGCUGUAUUUCCAAUCCCUUAAGGGGCAGGAAGGCUGGUUUUAAUAUUAGAUGAUGUUAUUACUGGCCAUACACAACCCAGCUUCUUCUCUAUCAGGAAUAGACAAACCCAGGCUUCUGCAGCCUGGGAUGCUUACUCCAUCUUGAUGCAGAUACUUUCUGGUUUCUACUUUUGAGGAGCAGCAUUAAACACAGGAACCAAAUUCAAUUACUUUUGCUGACAGCAAUGAAAGGAAAGCAGGGAACAAAAAGUUAGUGGGAGUCUGCAGGGCAGGGAGCCAGGACUGUGAUGUGUUUUGCAUGAUUAAAUAGUAGCCAUUUUGUGGGGGCUAAAAUUCCAUUGGAUGGUGGUUCUGCUGAUCUCAAACCAUGAAAGUAAAGCUUAAGUCACUGGAAUCAUUCCUGCAAUAUAAUUACAGCUCCUUACUUCGAAGCUUGGCUGUUACUGGUUCAUAGAUUUAAUCAAAAAGAAGUCUAGAAUUCAUCUUAGCACAGCCAUCUGAAUUUAUGAAGUCCCUUCUGUGCUGUCUCCAGCUUCUCUAAUGAAGUAUAGCAACACUGACUAAACAUUGCUCUAACAGGGCUGCUAAUGGGAAAGAAAGGUAUUGUAUUUUACAGAACGUUGUAGCUUGGAGCACAGGAGAAGCAGAUUUGAGCAUGUUCUAGGAAUUGGCCUCAAGGAGAGGAUGCUCUUCACACCGACUCAUCUUUGUAUUUUAAGGCACUUUGGCUAUGUGAAAACUAUGGCUUCCAAGCAGCUGAAGUCUGACCAAUAAAAACUACUGGUGGUGUCAGUCUCAUACACUAGUUAUUGCACUGUGACCUGUGCACACAGGGUCAUGAACAACUGAAAAUUAGAGUGGUUACAGCACUGGCAGUGCUGUCUACCUAUUAUACCCCUCUGAGUUCUGAGGCUAGAUUGACGCUUGCAUUGGUGCAGUGUCAGAAAUGGAAAAGUUCUCUAAUUUUCAGUAUUUUGGAAUAUAAGUGAGGCAAUAUGCGCUAGCAUACACCUAGCAAUUCCCUGAGUCCCAGCAUGGACUUUUCACCCCAGCUAUGUAUUACUGCUGUUCCUUUCAAAGGCAGCAAUAAAUUGAGGGUAGUUGGAACUACACAGCUGAGAGUUGCUUCCCCCUAACCCUUGCUGCAGUUGGGGCCCUUCUGUUCCCAGUAAGUGAAUUUCAGACCCCAUUCUAAAAAAACAAGUCUGCCACUUGGCACUGUAUGUAUACUUUUACUCUGCUUCCAACAAGUGUUCUGCUUGUAUGUGCUGACUACCUGAAACUUAAUUCCCUGAAACAUACCAUAUCUCCUCUACGGUGCUUGGUACUCAUGCUUAUUGUCUGAAAGCCUUUCACCUACUUAAAUACAAGUGAUCUCUGGACCUAUUCACUCUGAGUGAAGAAUCAAUUAGUUAAGAUUUGCAUGCAAGUAAAAACAGUGGACCUUGCCACUCACCCCCUUGUCUCCUCUGGGUGAGUGUGCUGUACUACUCUAGGUGCUGGGAAAGAGCUGCUUUCCUCACAAUCCUCCCCCAUUUAUGGCAUCGUUAUGGUGGAGUAUAGCUGGUGUAGGAAGUCAGACAGAGAGAUGAGGUCUUAGGCCAAUUCCAAAAAGGAAUUUGAGUAUCAGGACAAACUUGAUCAGUAGGGCAGAGGGAAGGUGUAGAUUGUGGAGAUUUGAAUUGCUGAACAGCAAGAUUUCUGCCUGUAACAGCUUUUUGCAGGGUGAUGAAUUUAUUCCUGGGAGAGAAGUGCAAUAGACAGUUGGGGGAGGUCAUACAGAUGGAUCACAGUAUGCAGCUGUCUGCUUAUUCUCCCUCCGAUCAUUUGGCCAGUCACAGAUGGAAGUGGGCUUUUGGGGCAUAAACUGACAUUCACAAGUGCAAAAGGAAAUCAAAGCUGUGUACUGACAAUUGGAGUGCAGAUGCCCUUGAGAGUAGAGGGUGGUGUAGUGAAGGCAAGUUGACAGUUUUUCUGGAGUCUCACAGCCCCACCUUCAACCUCUUGCAGGCAGAGAGUGGAUGGUGAUCAGAAAUACCAAUACAACAGUUCAAACAGAAGAUGUCCAUCACAGAAUCUUUAUUUUGGAUUUUAUAUUUUCACAAGAACCAGAAAGUCCUACUUUAAGUUUCUUCAGCCAUCCAUGAAAUGAUUGGGCAGAAAAAGCCAACUGAGCAGGUAUCUUCAAAAAUAAAUACAAGUGAAAUCUGAACCAAAGAGCUGGGGAAUUUGGAAACCAAGACGCAACAGGCUGAGCUGCACUCCCUGGUCAGUGUCAGUGAACUAAUACAGUUACAAAAAAGAAGCUAUGGUUACAUUUGAUCAGACAUUUAUGUCCAACAGCCAUGGAAUUGCACUUUUAU